GCACGCACUGGAUCAGCUCCAUCCCACCUCGGAAAUACCAACCAGGUGCUGCAGCUCCUUCCUGCCCGGAGCUCCAGCGGUCUCCCGCCGUGUUGUGCUGUGAUGUGACGGGGGAGAAACCCGCAGUAAACACCAGGCAGCCAGUGAGUGAAACCCUCCCCCCCCCUUCAGCCUGUGUGUACCCGGGCUUGCAUGGCUCUCGGUCGGCCCGGCCGGACAAUAGACAGACCUCUUGCCCGCUAGUAGCAGAAGCUUCUCCCCGAUCCCUGCAGCACUCUCCGCGGCUCCAAAUGGCUGGACACGAGUGGGAAGACUGGUUCGAGCGGGAGGAAUUCAUCGGACAGAUCAGCGACAUCCGAGUGCAGAAUCUGCAAGUUGAAAGAGAACUGGUUCAGAAGAGGACCUUCACCCGAUGGAUCAACCUACAUUUAGAAAAGUGUGACCCGCCCAUUGAGGUGCAUGAUCUCUUCCAGGACAUCCAGGAUGGACACAUCCUCAUGGCCCUGCUGGAGGAGCUCUCCGGCUGCAAGCUGCUUCAUCGUUUCAAGAAGUCCUCCCAUCGUAUUUUCAGACUCAACAACAUCGCCAAGGUCCUGUCUUUCCUGGAGGAGAGAAACGUAAAGCUGGUCAGUAUCGAUGCAGCUGACGUCGCAGAUGGAAAUUCGUCCAUCGUCUUGGGACUCAUCUGGAAUAUCAUCCUCUUCUUCCAGAUUAAGGAGGUCACUGGGAACAUCAGGAGCCAGUUCCCCUCCUCUUCCAGCCUAUCGUCCAUCCCCACCAGCUCUGACUCUGACACCUCCUACUGCAGCACGCCAUCAGACGAGAGACCGUCCGCAUCCAUAGCCAUGCGAGAACACAGCAAGGCCAUCAAGAAACUGCUGCAGUGGGUUCAGAAGCGAACACGCAAGUAUAGUGUGGCAGUGCAGGACUUUGGGAAGAGCUGGACAAGUGGUCUGGCCUUCCUGGCUGUCAUUAAGUCCAUUGACCCCAGCCUGGUCGACAUGAGGAAGGCACUGCUGAGGACCGCCAAGGAGAAUCUGGAGGACAGCUUCAGGAUAGCCCACUUCAGCCUGGGUAUCCCGCGCCUGCUGGAGCCCGAGGACGUGACCAUCAAUCCACCAGAUGAGCAAUCCAUCAUGACCUAUGUGUCACAGUUCCUGGAGCACUUCCCUGGCAUAGAGGAGCCGGAGGAGCCCUGCCAGCUGAUUGAACGAAGUGUCUCUAUGGGCCGACUCAACUUCCGCAACAGUGACUCCAACCUCCUAAGGAAUAGCACUCAACAAAGCCGAGUGAAGGAGAGGUCCUACAUGUUCCAGAGGGUCUGUUCCCAACCCCCACCCAAAAUCUUAAUUUCCUCUGUGUCAGAGGACAGGAGCAGCAUGUCACCCCCCUUCAGGCCGCCCGCACCUCGCUCGUGGUCCAGUGAAGACUUCUUAGCAGAUUCCCCCCACAUGGAAGACCUGUCCAGCAGUGUGGUUGAAGAGCCCAAGGAAUCUGCCAGUGAGGUCUUAACCAACUUAGCCUCCAACUCCCCACAACUGUCUGACACUCAGUCGCCCACAGGCUCAUCACUGCCUGAGUCUGGAAACACUGAGUCAGUAAUUGGCGACUCAGCAAUCAGCUCGCCAGACUCCUGGGUGGAGAGCGAGUUUGGGGUGAUAUCCGAGAAGUUUUGUGAAAGCCGAAGUGACAGUUCUUUGUGUGACAGUGGAACAGCCUGGGAUGUGUAUCGUGCCACCCCCGUGGAGGUCACUACUCUUGAUGAAGAACUUGUCCUAUCCUUAGAGGAUCGAGCACCCGAUGAGUCAUCGAUUACUGAGUCGUAUAUUGAUGAAGGGAUUUAUUCACUGAGCUCAUUGGAGAGCACCCAGGAGAGAAUCCAAAGGCAUUCUGAGAAAACGCAAGUGGAAGGAGUGAAAGAGAAAGAGACAAACCUUGAGAAGUACAACCAGGACAUGGCACUAGGACAGGUCCCUGAUCAUAGCAAAGCUCACAUUACGAAAGAAGUAGACUCUAAACAGAUAGCUACAAAUCAGAGCAGAGAGCAAGAACCUUCUUUUGGACUGUGUAAUGCAGAAGAUGGUGUUGGAAAUCCCUUUGAAACUGGUCAGUCUAACCAGUCCCAACUCAAGCAAACCAGUGUUGAAGAGAGCACUUACAAAGAAUCGGAAUGUUUAAAGAAAGCUGUGGACUUUAUUGGGGAUGGACAAGACCAUGAAGGACAAAUUAAUGGUCAAACUGAAAGUCAGAAUGAGAGUAAUAACUCUGAGGAGUUUGAAGUGGAAACUGAAUGUCAGAAAAAUGAUUCUUUGUCAGAGCAGACAAGACGGGAUUCAAGAGGAGGGUCAGGGGUUUUAAAUGAAAGGGGUGAAGGGGUUGUAGAAACACAAUAUGGUGCAAGUGAAGAAGACUACCCAGAUGCUCAAGAAAGAUUUAGCUCAGAGACUUUAGCAAACAUGCAUCCAACCAACCAAGACACAGCUUCAAAAACAAGUCUGGAUACAAGCAUGGGCAUAAAUAUUCCUCUGAUCUCUAUUUCCAGUGAGCCCGAAGAGCAGGACGAAGAGGAGACAUGUGACCCAGAUGGGCAAGAUCAUGCUGGGGGUGAUGAGGUACAUCAGGCAGAGGGUACUGACACAGAUGUCAACAUCCUUGAAAAUCCACCUGAAUUGUGCUGUGACUCCAAUUACAAUGUUGACAAAAACUCAGAAAAUGUUAAACCAACCGCUUCAGAACAAAUACAGGACAUAGAAAGUGGGCAUUCGGUUGAACAUGACAUCAGCAGAUCAUCAAAUGCAUAUGACAUAAGUGGGCCAGACACAGGAGAUAACAAGGCAAUAAGUGAAGCCAAACAGGAAUGUGAGUCUCCUCACCACGACUCUGAGACAGGUAACACUGAGAAGGACUUGAUUUCCCAGACUUCUUCUACGGAUGCUGAAUCUCAACCUGUGAAUACUGAACAGGAAAUUGAUUCCACCGAUCAACCUGAUGGACACGAGGACAAACUGGGGGACACCUUUUCUGACAAUGAAACAGCUACCACGCAGCAGAACACAUUAGCUUCAGUCAACUCGAAACCGAACGGUACUACAGGGAUUUCGUGUUAUGAACCAGGUAGUGUAUCCAGAGUGAUGGACUUGUUUUAUACAGACUUGGAUCAAAAUUCUCCCACAGAGGACGUAGAUGGUGACGCUAUCGAACCCAUGGAUCUGUUCUACCCUGACAAAGAGGAGCCCAUGUUUACAGAGCCACCUGAUACUGAAAUGCAGAGUUGGCCUUCAGUUUUGAGUGUAUCUGCUCUCCAGCCAGCACCGGCUUCAGAGACUCAACCUGACCAACCACUCGACCUGCUGGGUGAGGACGACUUCAGGAAUGGAGUGGAUUCGAUAAAAGAGAACGACAAGGUGAUCAUCAAGACCAACCAGGAGACGGACAAAGCAUCUAAAUCCCAGGAACACCGUUUGUCAUCCGGGGAGAAGAUAGGAGGAUUCUGGGGUGCUGAUGUUCCAGGAGACAGUAGUGAUCUCAGUGAGGCUGAGCAGCAUAGUUUAGGCUCUGCCAGGGAAAGCACAGAGCUUGUGAGGAGUGACAUUAAAAGUUUCAACGGACAGGAUGAAAGCCAGAUCCCUCCAGUUCUCCGUCACAGAAAGGGGGCUCGCAUCACUCAGUCCAUGGACAAUCAGACGGCCGUGACUGCAGCGACCAGAGAAGCUGACAACGGCGAAUCCGAUUUUUGGCGGAGUGAGAGCUGGGAGCUCUAUCUGCUGCUGCUGCUGUGGCUGCUCCUCUAUUGUUUCUUGCUGCUGCCACAGAUGGACCUUAAGACACUGCCCAGCCUGCUACUGAACCUUAACCAGUGAACACACACACACACACACACACACACACACACACACACACACACACACACACACACACACACACACACACACACUUACAGCUCAACUGCCACUCCGCUGUCCUUUUCAUUACAAGGACCAGAUCAAGUGAAGGCAUUUAAAAGAUGUGUGUUUCAAACUACUCAAGCUUUUUUUAGAUUUUCGCUUUUUAGCUUUUGAUGUGGCUUGAAGUAAUCAAUGUUUUAGGGCCACUACGUGGGGAAAAUGAAGUUGCAAUAUUUUGAGAAAAACUCAUAAUGUUAUGAGGAUAAAAUUGUAAUUUAACAAGAUAAAGAGUCCUAAUCCAUCAAUAAUAAGGUUGUAAGAUUUGAGUUGAGUUUUACAUUUAUAAAAAAGUCAAAUUAAAAUGAAAAACUCCAAUAAUUGCACAUUUGAUUGUAAUUAGAUGAGGAAAAGUUCUUAAGAUUUUAAGUCAGUGCUAUGAAAAUAAAUGUGCAAUUCUGAAUAACUCUCAUAAGAAGUUAGUCAUAACUUCCUUGUAAAAUCAAGACGUAUUCUAUUCUCACAUGAUUUAUGACUUAUGACUUGCUGAGCAAAUUCAAAAUGUGCUCUCGCGAGAACUCUGGAUAACUUUAUUCUCCAACUAUUGACAAUUUACUUAUCAAAUUAUGGCUUUAUUUGUGCAACAUUAUAACUUUUUCUCAAAAUUACAACUUCCUUCUCAUAACAUUGCCAUGUUUCUCCUAACUGUGGCCCUGAUAUUGUGUUUUAAAGACACUAUAGAAGUUAGUGGUUUAUUGCUGUGCAAAGCCGACAGAGCCAACAUGACUGUAUAGCACAUUAUGAUUUGUAGAUAUAUAUACUAUGGAUAUAUGGAUGCAGAGCUGCCACUCUGAAUAGCCAUUUAAGAAGAUGUUAAAAGUAAAACUACUUUAAGCUGAUCAUAUAAACUGGAGAUAGUGGAGCUGAAGCAGGAAAGUGAAGAAAAAAAAGAAUAAUGUGAUACAGCCAAGAUGUUUCAGCUUUUGUGCCUGUACCAUUGUAAAGAUAAUUAAUGAAGGGGAAUUUUGAUCUGCACUUUUGAAAAUUAAUACAAACUGCCAAAGAUAGUGGUGGAAGUGCUCAUACACAAAGUAUACAAGUCACCAGUAAUGGAAAUCUUGUUUUUAACACGUAGUAAAGUCUAGUUUCACUCUUGUACUAAAGCAUCACCCCCCCCCCCAGCUCUAUAUUGUAUAAUAGUUGAGGCAGAAUAUGUAUUUGUAAUAUUUUAUGGCUCAUAUUGGAUUUUUAAGAAGUUUUAUGACAAAGAAAUGUUUUAUGUGAUUGAGCUAUGCUUGAGCUUGUCCAAGCCUGUCAAUGGAAAGAGAAUGCUUUACAAUGAAAUGUUAUUUUUAAAUAUUGUCUGGAAUGAAGCGCUAUGACUAGGUUAAGACCCUUGUUCGUUCAUCCACACCAGUCGACCUGUGAAGUCUCUGUUUCCUCUGGAUAUGAAUACAACUCCUCCAUCCACUGACUGAGGGCCAUUUAUUCCAACAAUCCUGCUCAUCAUCCCACAGGGCAUCCAUAGAUUGUUAAUAUUAAUGGACAAAGCAUCCGGUUCGGCAAAGUGCUGCAAAUGCGGAAGUGCCUUAAACCUGCAUCUUAUCUGAAUUCCAGCAGGGGGCGACACGUGCGGUUGCAAAAGGAGGUCGGUUUUUGUAGAAGUCUAUGAGAAAGUGACCCACUUCCCACGUGAUUUAUGACCUCAGUAAAAAUGUUCAUUAUGAGCUUAUGGUCUCAAUUGCUAGUUUUAAGUCUUCUGCAACACAGAAUGAUGUUCAUGUUUUGAAUUAUGGUCUCGUUGAUUUUAAAAUCGACGAUAAAGCAGGGGGUGUGUUAGGACGUGGCUAUGAUGUGAUUGACAGUCUGCGGCCGGUCUUAUAUGUAAUAUAACUAUGGGACAAAGAUAUAUUUAAAACCUAGCAAAGCUAAAUCUUACCUUGAAUUAUGUAGGCUAGCUUUCAGCAGCAGUUGCAUCCAGAUUGCCAGUGAACGUGUAUAACGUAACGUGGAGUGUAAGCAGCGUUGCCAACUCUCAGCUAACGUCACAGUCAGAUAGCGCCCGACAAUCUAUGUCUCCUCCAUCCCUCACUCCUCCCUCUCGUCUAAAAUCAUCACAUCCUCAACCAGGAUGGCUGCGCCCGUAACGGCUAACUCGACGACUCAUAGCAGAUCUCCACAAACCAAUGGGUGACGUCACACAUGCUCUGUCCAUUAAUAUUAACAGUCAAUGAGUGCAUCACAGUCACAUCUCAAGUGUGUGUGCGGAUGUGUUUUUGUACUUUUAUCCUUGUGAGAACUAGAGCUGUGUCCCAAUUCCAUACUAAUUACUAAGUGCAUAAAGCAGUGCUUCUCAAAUCCUGGAGCCAAGGUCCGCAUCCAGACCCAGCCCAUAAACCUUG